AAUUUCGUUCCGUAUCGACUGUGUUGUGAGUACUUCGCCACGUGCCACCUACCUUCCGGCUCUUCCGUGCACCACACUAUCGAACCAGAAUCGAGCAAAGAUAAGUGAGUACGUGUACCUUGGUUCUGCCGAGGGUUGAACGAGCACAAAAACGAAUCCGGAACGAUGGCUGAUGUUGUGGAGGAAGUGAUCGCUCAGGUGCAGGAGAAUCUGACCCUGGCGGAAACACCGGAUGCGGCCACGAAUGGGACCGCCAAGGUACCGUCGACACCGGAGGGCAUGGCCCUGGCAUAUGGCACCCUGGUGGUGAUGGCCAUGCUGCCCAUCUUCUUCGGCUCGGUACGGUCGGUCAAGCACCACAAGGAGCAGAAGACCGCCUUCCAGAAGACGGGCGAGAAGCCCGACACGAUGUCGUCGCACGACGCAAUGAUGUUCCCCAUUAUGGCUUCCUGUGCCCUGUUCGGGCUGUACAUGUUCUUCAAGAUCUUCUCGAAGGAAAACAUCAACUUCCUGCUCACCGGAUACUUCUUCUUCCUGGGCGUGAUGGCCCUCUCGCACCUGCUCAGUCCCGUCAUCAGCUCGCUGAUUCCGGCCUCGAUACCGAAGAUUCCGUACCACCUCUCGUUCGUGCAGGGCCCGGCGGAAGGUGGCGACAACCAGGGCAAAAAGAAGCAGUACCUGAUUGACUACCGGUUCACAACGCACGACAUCGUGUGCUUCAUCGUGGCCCUCAUCAUUAGCGUGUGGUACCUGCUGCAGAAACAUUGGAUCGCCAACAAUCUGCUCGGCAUUGCGUUCGCCGUGAACGGAGUGGAGCUGCUGCACCUGAACAAUGUGGCCACCGGGUGCAUUCUGCUGUGCGGACUGUUUGUGUACGACAUUUUCUGGGUGUUUGGCACGAACGUGAUGGUGACGGUAGCAAAAUCCUUCGAGGCCCCCAUCAAACUGGUCUUUCCCCAGGACCUCAUCACGAACGGCCUGUCGGCGUCGAACUUUGCCGUGCUCGGCCUGGGCGAUAUCGUUAUCCCUGGCAUCUUCAUUGCGCUGCUGCUCCGUUUUGAUAACAGCCUGAAGCGCAAGAGCAACACGUACUUCUACGCCACGUACAUCGCGUACUUUGUCGGUCUGCUGGCCACAAUCUUCGUGAUGCACGUGUUUAAACACGCACAACCCGCCCUGCUGUACCUGGUACCGGCCUGUCUCGGUACACCGUUGCUGUUGGCUCUGCUCAAGGGUGACAUUAAGAAGCUUUUGGCAUACGAAGAUCAUCCGGAGGAGAAGACGAAAGAAUCGAAAAAGGAGAAGGAAGGAGACAAAUCGGCCCCACAGACGAAAAAGGAAACGAAAAAGAAGGAUUCGAAAAAGUCAAAAUAAAUCCGAUCUCACGUAGUAGCAGCCAUACCUUCGCGGCCACCACGCCAAACUUUUCCUACAGCACAGACAUAUGGGUUCCGACUCUGUUUCCAACGGAACCCGGAACGGUUUGUCCCGUUCAAGUAUACCCGGAAGUGUAAGGUGGGAGAGCUGAGGUGCGUUUUUGCGCAUUCAUCCGUUAAGGUUGGGUUAAAUUGCUUACAUUCUGUUCCGCUUGGUUCUGCAACGACGUACUGCCGCUGUGCGAUGUAGCUUUUCUAUAUACACAAAAAAUCUUAAAUGAAGGAACAAACUUACAAACCACCUGCACAAACAUUCAGAUUCUUUCCGCCAGUCGGAAGCGGGAGGGCCGAACUCUUUGGAUGGCAACAUUGUUUGUUUGCGACAAACUUACAAUUUUAAGCGACCUUAGGUAGCAUAAGCUGUAAGACUCUCGUCGGGACUGAUUUGGCUGACUUCAUUUACAGAAGGUUUAUUUCCUAAGAAUUAACGCUGGACGCGAGGCCACAUGGGGACGAUAUGCAACAAAAUGGGAAAGAAUUUGGGCCAACGCUAGGAUGAGCUCAUAGGCAAUUUUUGAUGUAAACGCGGAAAGCUGGAACAAAGGCCCAGCCGGCAGAUAGACGACAAUUAUCGUAGGUGAAACAAUCAUCUGUCCCCUUCGCAGUGCAACUAGGAGCAAACUGUAAGGUCUAGAUGGCCGAUUGGCCAGAAUUUAUGAAUGAAAGUCUCUGAUGAAUGCUUAACAAAAUACAUGAAUGAUCGCACGUU